GUGGUCCGACUUCCUCUAAUGGCGGGACGGAUAGCAAACUUUUACACCGUGAUUUUAUUAGCUAUUCUCAAUACAGGCUYUGCUGUCGAGAUAAAGGACAGGCAACCUCAUUCGACGUUUGGUGACCUUCAUGAUGAACUACGGGAUUCUGAGCACAAAACUUUCACCGUCGAAGAAUUGUCGAAAUAUGAUGGAAAAAACCCAGAUCUACCCAUCUAUGCAGCUGUGAAAGGGGUUGUAUUUGAUGUCAGCGAAGAAAAAGAUUUGUACAGUCCUGGAAAAGCUUAUCAUCCUCUGACCGGUAAAGAUGCAUCAAGGGCAAUAGCAAAACGAUCUUUAGACUCAAGUAACUUGAACGGGAAUAUUGAUGAUCUCAGCCAAGAGGAAUUCAAYCGACUGGAAGACACAUUUCAAAAUGUUUACAUGCAGAAAUAUCCUGUUGUUGGAUACCUWAAAGGCCAUGAACCUCAAAUGGAUGAUAUCAACAGGACUUGGAGAAAAGAAGAUUUAUAAAACUAAAAAAAUGUAGUAUGUUGCAUUGCAUGCACAGGAAACCCAACAGGAUGUACAUGUGUAGUUAGUUACAUUGACUUGUGAUGGUUGUACAAUUGUUACUGUGUGGAUAUAACUAUCCACUAGGUUAUAAUCCAGUCAAAAACAGUAUCCACUAGUAAUAAUUCAGUGGAUAACUUUGUCCACAAUUUUCCCAGCUGAGCUUUUUUAGAAGACACACACACAUAUUUAGAAUUCAUUUUUAAAUAUUUUAGUAUUGUAUAAAAAGAUUUUCUUGAAGAAAAUAGUUAUUGUCUGCUUA